AUGGGUGGCGGUCACGGUAUCCGCUCGGUAGUGUACUACGUCAACUGGGCGCCCUAUGGCCGCAAUCAUCAUCCGCAGGACCUGCCCGCGGAACAUCUCACCCACGUCCUCUAUGCCUUUGCCAACGUCAGGCCGGAAAGCGGUGAAGUCUAUCUGACCGACGCCUGGUCAGACACGGACAAGCACUACGAUGGCGACAGUUGGAACGACACGGGUACCAAUGUAUAUGGAUGUGUGAAACAGCUGUUUCUGCAGAAGAAGAGAAACCGCAAUCUCAAAGUCUUGCUGAGUAUCGGUGGCUGGACCUACUCUUCCAAUUUCGCCCAACCCGCCAGCACCGAAAGCGGACGGAGACGAUUUGCAGAAAGCGCCGUCAAGAUCGUGGAGGAUCUGGGAUUCGAUGGUCUCGACGUGGACUGGGAAUACCCGAAGAACCAGCACGAGGCUGAAGACUUUGUCAAACUCCUGGACGAGACCAGAAGGGCUCUGGACGAUGCUGCCGCUGCUACCGCUACCACGGAACAUCAACACCCUCGAUUCUACUUGACCGUUGCAUGUCCCGCUGGGCCGUCGAAUUUUGAGAAGUUGAAGAUCGCAGAGAUGGACCAUCUGCUGGAUUUCUGGAAUCUCAUGGCCUACGACUAUGCAGGGUCAUGGGACCAGCGGGCAGGUCAUCAGGCGAAUCUGUUCCCUUCGCGCUCCCAUCCCGAGACUACACCGUUCAACACGAUCGCCGCUGUCGAGCAUUAUACCCGGCAUGGAGUCCACCCAUCUAAAAUCGUUCUGGGAAUGCCCUUGUACGGUCGAGCGUUCACGUCUACCGAGGGACUGGGAUAUCCAUAUAACGGGGUCGGCGAGGGUAGUUGGGAGCAGGGGGUCUGGGACUACAAGGCUCUUCCCAAACCGGACAGUUCUGAGCACCAUGACCCUGAGAUCGGUGCGAGUUGGAGUUACACGCCGUCGACCAAGACGAUGAUCAGCUACGACACGCCUGCCGUGGUGGCCCAGAAGGCGGCCUUCGUCCGAGACUAUGGCCUCGGUGGAGGGAUGUGGUGGGAAUCGAGUGGAGAUAAACCUAUCGGUCAGGGUAGCCUUGUUGAGACGUUUGUGACACACAGCGGCGGCAAGGGUCGCUUGGAGGAAGUCGGGAAUUGUCUCGAUUACCCGGAGAGCAAAUAUGACAAUCUCCGGAACAAGUUUGAAUAG